AUGCAUACAGAUUUCUUUCGUCGUUUCACUUUCCUCGUUCUUCUAAUUCGAUUUCAUUUCCUUUUUGUUUUAUGGUCGUAUUUAAUGUUUGAUUCAUUUCUUUUUUCUUUUUUCUUCCUUUAUUUCAAUUGUCGUUUUUCGCCUUUACUUUUCUCUCCACUAUUAUCUCCCUUUUUUUCCGUUCAUUUCUUCUUAUUUCUCUUUCUCUUUCUUAACCUUGUCUCUUCUUUCUCUUCCUUCGAGAGUCUAAUUGAUUUACCAUUUCUUUAUAUUCUCCAACAUUAUCAACCAUUUUUUCUCCAUUCUCCAUUCAUCUUCCUCUCAAACUUUGACCAAUUUUCCCCCUCGACAUUUCUUUUUCUAUUAACUUGUCUUUCUUUCAGGCGAAAAUCCGUCAACAUCACUUUUAUUCGCAAUCUCGUUUAUUGCAAAUAUUCUUUAGUUAAGUUCAUUAUCUAUCUAUCUAUCUAUCUAUCUAUCUAUCUAUCUGAGUUUGUUCAUAUAUAUCUAUCUGUCUAUCUAUUUAUCUAUCUAAGCCUAUUAAAAUCUCUAUUUUAUCUAUCUAUCUAUGUUUGUUCAUAUCUAUCUAUCUUUCUAUCAAACUAUCUGACUCUCUCUCAUUCUAUUCAUAUCUAUCUAUCUAUCUAUCUAUCUAUCUAUCUAUCUAUCUAUCUUAGCCUGUUAAAAUCUAUUUCCUUCUAUUUUUAUCUAUCUAUCUAUCUAUCUAUCUAUCUAUCUAUCUAUCUAUCUAUCUAUCUAUCUAUCUAUCUAUCUCUGUACUCUCAUCCAGAACGUUUUUAUAGAGAUUUUCAUAUAUUUUCCUGUCCGUGCAACAUUAUCUAUCUAUCUAUCUAUCUAUCUAUCUAUCUAUCUAUCUAUCUAUCUAUCUAUUGCUUUGUCUGCUCAUAUCUAUCUAUCUAUCUAUCUAUCUAUCUAUCUAUCUAUCUAUUGCUUUGUCUGUUCAUUAUCUAUCUAUUUAUCUAUGGCUUUACCUGCUCAUAUCUAUCUAUCUAUCUAUCUAUCUAUCUAUCUAUCUAUCUAUCUGUUUGUCUGUUCUAUCUAUCUAUCUAUCUAUCUAUCUAUCUAUCUAUCUAUUAA